AUGAUGCCAUCGCAGCGCGCCAAAGAGCUGGCACUGCACGCAGCGGCGCAACGUGGUGAUCUGAACGACGUCGCCUUGCUAUUGCAUGACGGUGUCAACAUCAACGGCACACCCAACGGCGGAUCGACCGCGUUGCACAAGGCGACGUUCAACGAUGAAUUGGCCGUCGUUGGCUUCCUCCUCACCAACGGCGCCGACAUUGAAGCGAAGGACGAGGAUGGCAACACCCCUCUGAUCUUAGCCGUCUUCUUGAAUCAUGUGUCGGUCGUCCGCCUCCUCUUGGAGAAAGGCGCCAACGUCGACGUCGAGGACUACUUUGGCCAAACGCCGUUCUUAUUCGCCGAGAAGAAGGGCCACCAUCAAGUGACACUUCUUCUGGAAGAGUACCGGUCCAUACGAGGCUACGAAGCCACGCUCGUGAAAGCGCUGCGCGACAAAAAGUACCCGGAUGCAGCGACACUCCUCCAUCAAGAUAUGAUCGACGCCAACCUACGCGACACCGACAGGACACCCUUGCUGCAUUUGAUUGUCGAGACACAAAAUCUGUGGCUGCUUCGAACGAUGCUCCGCAAGCCAAAACUCGACGUGAACGCGAGAGACAAGGGUGGACGGUCUGCACUCACACUUGCCAUUGCGCUGUCCAACGUUGAGGUGGCACUCGAACUGUACCAAGCAGGCACACGUAUCGAUUUCGCGAGCACGAGUCUGCUUUCGACGACGCCCAUCUUUGGGACGGCGCUGCUCCGCGCCGCCUCGGCCAAUGACGAUACCAUCGUCACUCAACUACUCGGUCUUGGCGUCCACCCUACGUUUGCCAACGAGACUGGCGAGACGGCACUGCAUCUAGCGGCAGCCAAGGGCCACACGACCACCGUGACAAAGCUGCUGCAGCCUCAUAAUUUCGGCGACUACCUCGACGCGACCAAUCAUGCGGGUGCAACGCCGCUCUUUGUCGCUAUCGCCGGCGGCCAUGCACACGUCGUCGGCCAGCUCGUGGCGGCCAAUGCGCAAAUACAUUGCGUGACGAAGGAUGGCUCAACGCUGCUGCACGCAGCGGUCCAAAGUUGUAACACGAGUCUACUCGACCUCGCUCUUUCCUUCUCGAGCGAUAUCAACGCGCGUGAUUCGAUGGGCCAAACGCCGCUGCACCUCGCGGUCCUCUUGGACCAUAAAGACGCCGUGAGUUGCCUCGUGCGCGCCGAAGCCAACGUCUUUGCGAUGACAGAGACGGGCAUGACGCCGUCAAUGACGACCAGUAACCCAGGCGUCCGUGCCAUUUUGAAACAUGCAGAGACAGCGUUCGACGAGCAGAUGGCGCGGCACUUGGAGGCCGCUGAACGCCAAAGCGCACCCGCUCGCCGUCACUCGGACGUCAGUGCUUAUCGUCACUCGGACGUCAGCGCUCGCCGUCACUCGGACGUCAGUGCCCCUACACAUCUAACGACUCGGUCGUUGCCGAGUCCCGUCAAUCGCCGCAAGGAGCCAGAGUCCAACUUGAAGCUCGUCGAGGCUGUUCAGAAGCAAACGUAUGAAAGAGUGCUCAUGCUCUUGGCGGACGGGGGCGACCCGAACGCCACAAACGAGGCCGGUGACUCGCUUUUGCAUCUCGCUGUCAUCGGCGGCGACCAUAAGAUCUUGUCGGUCCUCUCCCAGAAACGAGACGUCCGAUUCGACGUUCGCAACGCUGCCGGCUGGACGCCACUCGUACUCGCAAUUCAAUUGGGCCGCCGACGCCUGGCGAGCCUUCUCCACGCUGCGGUGCGCACCUUGACACCCGUGGUUUGCACGGUGGCGCGCUCAUCUCGCAAGGAUCUCGACAUGGCGACCCCGCUUCCCGCGCACGGCGUCGUCAUGGAUGUCACGACCCUGCUCGGAGGGGGUGCCCAUGGCAAUGUGUACAAAGGCACGUACAAGGGUCGCACGGUGGCUGUCAAGUCUCCCAAAAACCCCACCGACGUUCCGGGCCUUGAAAGAGAGAUCGAGACCAUGCAACUGUGCCCGUCGCCGUACGUGCUUGGCCUUCUCGCGUACACCAAGUCGCCAAAUCCCAAGCUGAUCCUCGAGUACAUGGACGCAGGCGAUUUGCGCAGCUACCUCGUUCACAAGCGACUCGGCCAUUCGACUGCGAUAGACGUCACGUCGUUGCAGGUUGCAUGGGUCGUUGCGAAUGCGCUCGCCGAUCUGCACCACAACGGCCUCCUCCACCGCGACAUCAAGAGCCCGAACGUCCUCCUCUGCUCUCAGAAUUACAUCAAGCUCGCCGACCUUGGGAUUGCCCGCGAGUACGAGUCAAAUAUGACGACGGGCAUUGGGACGCUGCGCUGGAUGGCCCCCGAGCUCUUGGAUAGACACAAACAGUACGACUCGGCGGCCGACAUGUAUGCCUUUGGAGCCCUCUUGACCGAGCUCGACACGCUCAAGCUCCCAUUUGCAUCCGAGGACCUGUCGCUCGAAAUCAUGCGCAAACUCAGCGAAGGCUCACUUCGCCCGCACUUCACGCCCACCUGUGCGCCGUGGCUCAAGGACCUCGCGACUGCAUGUCUGUCGUUCGACCCCAAAGCGCGCCCCACAGCGCAAGAGGUUGUUCAUCGUCUGCAACGGCAAAUGGACCAGCCACGCGACCGGGCGUACAAAGCCGACUCGAUGGCCAACUGUAUGGUGGCACCUGUGGCCCGUACGCGCGUUCGUGCCUCGACCCUCCAAAGUGCCCGGGCGCCACCACUAGGUCAUCUGCAAUCGGAAAUCGUGGGCGUUGAUAUGUCGUCGCUGCAAUUGGCCCAAGCCCCCAUGUCCACACAGCCCCGCCGCACGUCCGCGGCGCAGAGCGUGGGCGCGCUCCCACCGCCAAUGCUACCAUUACCCGUGGCGUUUCAUGAGCAACCAGGGCUGCCUCCAACGCCGUCAAAUGGGGCAUCGGUGUUUGGCAACACCAAGUCGUACUCGGGCUGGAGCACCGAAAUGCUCGUGGAAACGACGCUGGUCUGUCAGGAGUGCAACACGACCAAUAGCCUCCGAGACGUUGUCUGUUGCACACAUUGCAAUGCCCCGCUGCCACCUGCGUCGCGCAAGCUUCAAGUGCUCUUGCGGCGCUUAAGCAUUGCGGCCCAGCGAGGUCUCAUCAUUGACGUCAAAAUCACUUGCGAGUCAUGCUCCAUCGGCCACCCGAUGACACGGGCCAAGUGCGACAGGUGCGACGAAGUGUUCCCCGCCGACGCCACCAAGGUCGCCAUCCUUCUCAAGCGCAUCGAGCUCGCCAACAAAAGACAAGUGCAGCCGUAAGUGUAUACAAACAACAUCAUUAC